AUGAUACCGCCCCCGCCAAGGCCGCUCGCAGCGAGCGUCGCUGCAGUCGGAAACCCAGUGGCCAGCGUGCAGCUCGAGGCGGAGGAGGAUCCGGAGCAGGUGGUCUACUUUGACGAAGCCCAAGACCAGGAAGCCUUCGAGGAGGUCCUUCCGCCCGCGCCUCCGGAGCCGGACUUGGACCAGGUCGUCUACUUCGACGAAGGUGCUGGCGAGGAGCCUGACAACCAUUUCCAGCAUCAGGCCGCGACUUCAUCGUGGCACGAGGAGGCAAGCUGGACGGACAAGGAGGCCUACGCCCAGACACAGCACCGUUGGGCUCCCCCGCAUUUCCGAUGGCAGCCGCAGGGCGACCGGAUGCAGGACGGGUCCUGGAACUCUCCCGGUCCGCCGACCUCCUCCUUGGGUGCUUUCUCGCAUCCGGGCGAUGGUCUCCAGAUGGUGAAGGAAGAGAAGUCCGACCUGCCUGCAUCCUUGCGGCAAGGGGUUCCUCGCGUUGUAGAGCCGCGGCUUACCACGCCUCCAAACUCCGGCAGCAACGCGAGGAGUCCUGUGGAGAAGAAGGUGGAGUUGAAGCGCCUCGCGGCAUCAGAGGUCGAAAGGGGCAUGGUCGUCGUCUUUGAUGAAAACAGGAAAGGCUGGGUGGACAACUGCUUCAGCGACAUCGACGAGUUCUGGCUCUGCGACGAGGACAGCUUGAUGACGGUCUUCAACGACGGCGAGGAGUCCAUCCGCACCUUCAGUGCUGCCGAGCUUGGGUUCACUGGCGAAUGGAGUCCGCAUGUCGAGAUCUCCACCGAGGUCGUCAUCACGCAGGAGAUUGUCGAAAGACUGAGCAAACAGCCCGAGUGGGAAAAAGAGUUGGAGGAGAAGACCGGGAUUCCCAUUAUGGUCGACUCCCCACGGCAGAAGGUGGCGAUUGGACCCGCGACUCCUCCGAAGGUCAAGGAUGCACUGAGCCUCGUGAAUUCCGAGCUCAGCAAGCUCGACCAGCAGAUCUGGUCUGCUGACCAGCCUGCGCCGCCUUCGGAGCCUGAGCAGAAGCCGCCAGAGAAAGAGGCAGCGCCUCCAGCUGAGCCGGAGCAGGGGACGCAGGAAGGCGAGACGCUCCUAAGCCAAGUUCAGGCUCUUCUGCCCGAGGCGCAGAAAGAGCGAACCCCGAAGCGGAAGAGGCGCCUCUCAAGCUCGGAGGAUUCGGGGACCAGGCGAUCUGAAUCCAAGCGUCGCCUGGUCGCCGGAAGCACGGAGAUGUUCCGACUGGGCUUUGAGACGGCUCUGAAACAGUUGGAAGAGACCCGAGCGGCCGUUGUGAAGACUGAGACGCCGCAGGCCAAACAGAAAGACAAAGACUUCGGCCCACCCGCGGAGUUCGCGAGCCUGCUGCGGGAGACGGCUGGUAUCACCACCGGCGCAAAGAGCCAACCUCAAGGACAGACGCCUGAACGCAGCGGCCCGCCUGCGCAGGCAGAAGCUCCCACGACAAAGGCUCCAGAGCGUUCGGGCGACGGGCCAAGGACGGUGAUGGAGUGGGCGGAGGAGCAGGCACAGUUUGCCGGCCUGACGCCCUUGCCGCCGAACUGGAUCCGGGUUCGGAGGAAGCGUGGCAGCGGAGUGUACUUCGUCAAUGUCCGCACCGGGAAGUCCACCUUCGACUUCCCGGAUGGCUGGGUGAAGAUGAAGUCUCGAAGCAACGGCGCCACCUACUAUUGGAAUCCGAAGACUGGAGCUUCGCAGCUCGAAGUGCCCCCGGACGCUGCGGACGUUGUGACCCAGAAGCCCAGCUUCAGGCCCACGCAGCCCGUCGGCGUCCCGCCACCGGCCUCAGCGCGUGUGGUGACGCCGGCCCCGGCGGCCCCGGCGGCCCCGGCGGCGGCAGCAGGGGAGGCGGCGCCCAUGACCCCGGAUAAAGCACCGCCGGCGAGAACGGCGGCCACGGAAAUGGUCCUUGACCCUGACUUACAAAGCAUCUUCGACUCUUAG